CGGUAUUCCUCAUAACAUGGUGGUACAUUCAGGCUAGAAAUGUUUACAAAUUUCCACCUGGGCCAAUUCCUUGGCCGAUAUUUGGAAACAUGUUUUUGCUCACUCCAAGUGAAGAGGAUAACUCAGGCGCUCAGCGUUUACGGGACUUGACCAAAUAUUACGGCAGUGACAUCAUCAGUUUUAAAUUAGGCGCAAAGCGAGCUAUUGUUGUCAAUAAAUACACAGAUAUAAAGCAAAUAUCCGACCAAUUCGUCCACGUGAAUAAGGAAGGUCCGUUGUCCCUACUCCUACCUGGAAUCGUUGGAGUUGAAGGUCCGAGAUGGAAAG